AUGAAUUUGAUUACCCGAAGAUGCACACUUUUCACCAAUAAUUUGUUAAUUACAAAGAUUUCUAUUGCGUUUUGGCCGCAUUUUUCGCGGAAAAAUUCAAGUUUAUCCACAAUUGACACGGAAGAUACAAUAAACACGAAAGACACAGAAGACACAAAAGACACAAAGGACACAAAAGAAAAGAUACCAUCAACAUUAUAUUCUCUAGCAGCGCGUUUAAAUCUUAAUUUCACAACCCAAAAUUUGCUUUUACAAGCCGUCACUCAUAGAAAUUUCUAUGAAAAUGAUUUAUUAACAAACGAAGGCUUGCAGGUGCUGGGAAAUCAUGCGCUCGGCCUAUAUGUUACCGAAUAUUUACACCUCAAAUAUCCUCUUCUGCCAUUGCCGUGUUUACAACAAGCCGUUACAGCUUACUGUGGUCAUUUAACUUUAACAGUUGUUGGGCAAGAAGUUGGUUUACAGUAUGUAGUUAGAUGGAACAAUUUUACAGAUGAAGAGUUAUUCCUUCAAGGUAAAGAAAUUUCAAAGAAAACUAAAUCUGUCGGUAAGUCUAGAGAACCUGCACAAAGGAUUACACAAGGCACUGCAAUAUCACAUGCCCUUAAGGCUAUUGUUGGCGCCUUAUAUAUAGACAAA